CUGCUCCGGGUUCCGUGUGUCUAUGUCAAUGUGUCUGUCCUUCACUCCUCCAUUGUCUGCCGCCGCUGCUGCCGCUGCCUCCGCUGCUGCUGCACGAAUCGCCGCACCCCCCCGCCUUGCGCGUCGUCGCUACCUCCUCGGACAGGUGAGAAGCAGCCCAGAAAUUUUAUGAAUAAGCAUCAGAAGCCAGUGCUAACAGGCCAGCGGUUCAAAACUCGGAAAAGGGAUGAAAAAGAGAAAUUCGAACCCACAGUCUUCAGGGAUACACUUGUCCAGGGGCUUAAUGAGGCUGGUGAUGACCUUGAAGCUGUAGCCAAAUUUCUGGACUCUACAGGCUCAAGAUUAGAUUAUCGUCGCUAUGCAGACACACUCUUCGAUAUCCUGGUGGCUGGCAGUAUGCUUGCCCCUGGAGGAACACGCAUAGAUGAUGGUGACAAGACCAAGAUGACCAACCACUGUGUGUUUUCAGCAAAUGAAGAUCAUGAAACCAUCCGAAACUAUGCUCAGGUCUUCAAUAAACUCAUCAGGAGAUAUAAGUAUUUGGAGAAGGCAUUUGAAGAUGAAAUGAAAAAGCUUCUCCUCUUCCUUAAAGCCUUUUCCGAAACAGAGCAGACAAAGUUGGCGAUGCUGUCAGGGAUUCUGCUGGGCAACGGCACCCUGCCCGCCACCAUCCUCACCAGUCUCUUCACCGACAGCUUAGUCAAAGAAGGCAUUGCGGCCUCAUUUGCUGUCAAGCUUUUCAAAGCAUGGAUGGCAGAAAAAGAUGCCAACUCUGUUACCUCGUCUUUGAGAAAAGCCAACUUAGACAAGAGGCUGCUUGAACUCUUUCCAGUUAACAGACAGAGUGUGGAUCAUUUUGCUAAAUACUUCACUGACGCAGGUCUUAAGGAGCUUUCUGACUUCCUCCGAGUCCAGCAGUCCCUGGGCACCAGGAAGGAACUGCAGAAGGAGCUCCAGGAGCGUCUUUCUCAGGAAUGCCCGAUCAAGGAGGUGGUGCUUUAUGUCAAAGAAGAAAUGAAGAGGAAUGAUCUUCCAGAAACAGCAGUGAUUGGUCUUCUGUGGACCUGUAUAAUGAACGCCGUUGAGUGGAACAAGAAGGAAGAACUUGUUGCAGAGCAGGCUCUGAAGCACCUGAAGCAAUAUGCUCCCCUGCUGGCCGUGUUCAGCUCCCAAGGCCAGUCAGAGCUGAUCCUCCUCCAGAAGGUUCAGGAAUACUGCUACGACAACAUCCAUUUCAUGAAAGCCUUUCAGAAGAUUGUGGUUCUCUUUUAUAAAGCUGAUGUUCUGAGCGAAGAAGCAAUACUGAAAUGGUAUAAGGAAGCACAUGUUGCUAAAGGCAAAAGUGUUUUUCUUGACCAGAUGAAGAAAUUUGUUGAGUGGUUACAAAAUGCAGAAGAAGAAUCUGAAUCGGAGGGUGAGGAAAAUUAAAUGGCUCAACAAGCACAAUACCUAGGUUACCACACACCACUUUUUGAUUGGGAAUGCUGAACCAUUUGAGAAGAGAAACUUGGCUUCUGUUUUCGCAAAGGAAAAAAUAUAGGAUAGGCUUCUCUUGUGCAGAGGGAGAAAUGGUUUUGUUUUGUUUUGUUUUUAAAUGGAGCCCUGAGGCAUCACCUAUUAUACUUGGGACUCUACCUCUCACUCACUGUAUGCUAACUUAAAGCCAUUCAACAAGGAGUCAAGUAGGAAUCUGAAAUUAAAUACUCAACAGACUCCUCUUUUUUUAGCUGUAUUUUUCAGGUACUGUGUGGUGCCCGCCCCACUGGUGUCUAUUACAGGCCACUUUGGUAGUUGUGUAUUUGCUCAUGUAUGUGAUUUGACAAACCAGUUUUUUAAAAUAAAUGGCUUUUUAAAAAUCUGG